UGGGGCUUUAAUAAGUGAGGCUUCUUCCAGGUUAAAGGUGGUUCUGAAGGAGGCCUUUGGGAUAAAAGGAGAGCUGAAGCAGUGUGGGGAUUGUUGUCCUUAUUGUCCAGGAAGGUAACAGUGGAGAUGGCAAGUGCACCAGAAGAGCAGCGAAAAUGCAAGGCCAGGAGAGAGAAGGUGACUGUGGAACGCUUCAGGAAACAUCCUCUCCAGAAUAGGUGGGUCUUGUGGUUCUUCAAAAAUGACAAGAGCAAGACUUGGCAGGAGAACUUGCGACUUGUCACCAAGUUUGACACUGUGGAAGACUUUUGGGCGUUGUACAGUCAUAUCCAGCUGGCCAGCAAGCUGACCUCAGGCUGUGACUACUCCCUUUUCAAGGAUGGCAUUGAGCCUAUGUGGGAAGAUAACCGGAACAAACGGGGUGGUCGUUGGCUUAUUGCACUGGCCAAGCAGCAGCGGCAUACAGAGCUUGACCAUUUCUGGUUGGAGACACUGCUGUGUCUGAUUGGAGAGAUGUUUGAUGACUACUGUGAUGAUGUCUGUGGUGCUGUCAUCAACAUCCGUGCUAAGGGGGACAAGAUUGCGAUCUGGACCCGGGAGGCGGAGAAUCGAGAUGGAGUCACCCAUAUUGGGCGUGUGUACAAGGAGCACCUGGGCCUGUCUUCCAAAGUGGUGAUUGGCUAUCAGGCUCAUGCAGACACAGCCACCAAAAGUGGCUCCCUCAUGAAGAACAAGUUUGUGGUGUGAGCCACAGAGACGGAGCCUUGCAGUUGGCUGGAUCUUUGGGAAGGGGGUCUGGAUGGAAGGAAGAUGGAGAUUGGUGGGGUUGGUAUACAGAAUGGCAUUGUGAAUGGUAAUAUAACUUUGCUCUGUUCUUGAGAAACUAAACAUUUGCAGCCUAACACAUACUUUCAUCUUUGCCAAGAGUUGGGAACUUUCCGACAACUAAUAAUAGUUGUCAUUAAAAUUAAUCCAACCAUUAAAAAUGAAA